AUGCCAUCUAGUAGCUGGCGUGGUUAUAUAUUGUGGGCAACCCUCUGUGCUUGGAUAGCGAAGAUCUCUGGUCAAUCAAGCAAGUAUCCACAUAUUGAUAAGAUGACAUCUGCCUCGUUUGACUUUCUCAUUAUCGGGGCAGGGAUAUCCGGAAUCAAUGCUGCGUACCGUCUGCAGAGUGCGUUCCCGCACCGUCGCUUCGCCAUCCUGGAGGCACGAAAUAGCAUCGGAGGCACAUGGGAUCUUUUUCGCUACCCAGGUAUUCGAUCUGACUCGGAUCUAUAUACAUUUGGCCUUGAAUGGUUCCACUGGAAUCAGUCAAACCCCAUAGCGGAGGGAGGGGACAUCCUCAGAUACCUCAAUGAUGCGGCUGCAGCAGCGGCCAACAUCACGCAGCAUAUUCGCUUCAACACCCCCGUCAAAUCCGCCCACUGGGACGGCCAUCAGUGGACACUCGAUAUAGAAAGCAAUGGUACGGCUGAGAAACUGCGUGCCCAGUUUGUCAUUUUCGCAACCGGCUACUAUGACUACCACAAGCCUCUGGAAGCGACUAUCCCUGGCCUGCAGGAUUUCCAGGGCGAAGUGAUUCACCCCCAAUAUUGGCCCGAGAAGUUUGAUGCCCUUGGAAAGAAGAUAGUAAUAAUCGGCAGUGGGGCGACAGCUGUGACGUUGGUCCCAUCCCUCGCUGAGGAUGCCUGUUCGGUGACGAUGUUACAGCGAAGCCCGACAUAUCUUGCCUCUGUCCCCAAUGCACGCCGCCAACCGCAGUGGGCCAGCCUGAUCCCAAAGUCCGUGUUGUACUACAUUCGCCGCUGUUGGUACUUGACGGUGCCUCAGUUAUUUUAUCAGUUUUGUCGAAAGUUUCCUGCUGUCGCGAAAUUCGUGCUCCAAAAUGGCAUGAAGGCGCAGCUUCCUCAUAACACGCCCCUCGCUCCUCAUUUCAGCCCUCGCUACAAUCCCUGGCAGCAAAGACUCUGUUUCUGUCCAGAUGGAGACUUCUUCAGGGCCCUCAGAUCCACAAAAGCCAGGGUCGAAACUGGAGUGAUCGAACGGGUUGAGGAGGAUGGUAUCCAACUGGUCUCAGGUAAGAGACUCGACGCCGAUGUCAUUGUCACUGCAACCGGCCUGCAGAUGCAGCUUUUCGGCGGUAUUCCCAUCUAUAUCAACGGUGAGAAGCUGGAUCCAUCGCAGAAGUAUAUGUGGAAUGGCCUGAUGCUGGAGGAUCUACCGAAUGCGAUUCUUGUUAUGGGGUUUAGCAAUGCUUCCUGGACACUUGGGGCCGACCUCGCUAUGCGGGUCACCUGCAAGAUCGUGGAGCAUAUGAACCGUCAAAGUUUGACGUUUGUGAUGCCAACCCUAGGCGAGAAACGAACUUGCAUACAGACCCGAACAGUCAUGGACCUCACAUCUACGUACAUCAAGCGCGCCGCAAAGGACAUGCCGAGAGCCUCUGAACGAAGGCCGUGGGUGUCGCGAGUUAGCUACUUUUCUGAUCUUUACUUUGCAACCUUUGGCGAUUUUACCGACGGCCUGGCUUUUUCUUGA